UCGAUUUGCAUUUGGUCUGUCAACUUGAAAAAAGCAGUGGUGGAUUGGAAAAUGUUUAAAGUUGUUAUUCUUUUCGCCUUCGUAGCAACAUGUUUGGCGGGUUAUGAUCACGACGACUGGGACUCCGGGGCAAAGUACAAAUUUGAAUAUGGUGUAAAGGACCCCCACACCGGUGAUCAUAAAAGCCAAUGGGAAAUUAGCGACGGUCAUGGACUGAAGGGUGGAUACACUCUGGAUGAACCCGACGGCACCAAGCGUUACGUACAGUACAAGGCUGAUAAAUGGCACGGGUUCCAAGCAAUUGUGAAACGCAUAGGACAUGCCGUUCACCCACAGUCUUACGGGGCUCCAUUCGUAGUUCGCCAACAGGAUCACCACAAACAGAACGGCGGCAAUGAAAAUGGUUUCGAACUGAAACAGACCCAGCAUCAAGACAUUAUUGGCAGUUCGCUCAAUGGAAAUGAUCUCUGGCUUCAGUCCAAUCAGCAUCAAACCAACUCGCAGCAGAAUGGCUGGAGUGAUGAACGAGGCAGCACGGGCAGCAACUAUAAUCAAAAUAAUGGAUGGAAAAACGGAGGCGGCGAACUGCUUGCCACCAGCUAUGCUAACCAGAAAACCUACCACCACUGAACGGGACAAUCUAGCUACAUAUCUAUAACAAGCACCUCAUACCAUGCCGUCAAGAUGAAUGAAUCUCAAGAUCUCGGCUCCGGAGUCAAACGAGACGACUAGGCGUAAUUAGUGAAAAUAGUUAUUUUGUGUUCAUUGCUGUACCUCUGGGGGCUACCGUGCCACCACCAACUUUUAUAUAAUCAGAUGUAAUUGAAUAUGUUUUGUUUUGCAAAUAUAGGCCCACUUAUGGCUCUGCGGUAUGUCUGUUGGGCAUAUCGAAGC